AUGAUUGCGAAGGGAGUCGAGUUUUCCUCGACCACCGAUGGCUCUCUCCAGAGUGCUGUUGCUACCCAGGAGAUUAUUGUGUCAGCAGGUGCUCUGAACUCCCCAAAGAUUCUGCAGCUGUCCGGGAUUGGCCCAGCUUCUUUAUUGACUAGUAUCGGGAUUAAUGUUACGGUCGACUUGCCUGGGGUAGGCGAGAACCUCCAGGACCACCCGUUUGGGCUGACUCUCGCGUCACUGAACCCCGGUAUUUCUGCAAACUCUGACCUUGACAAUGCAACCUUUGACGCUGAGCAACGGGACCUCUACUAUGCUGAGAGAAAAGGUAAGCUGCUCGAUGACCACUUGUACUGCAUGUUCUCGAAAGGCGCUGACUAA